UCUGGAUUUAUCCACGGUUGACUGCUGAGUUGUGCAAGUUUCGAAGGAUGCCUGGACAUCUCACGAUGUACUGAAGGUCAAAGGUGACCGCGUGAGGCAAAAAUGAGUCUGACUUCCUGGUUUCUGGUGAGCGGUGGGGGGACACGACAUCGUCUUCCCAGAGAGAUGAUCUUUGUGGGGAGGGACGACUGUGAGCUCAUGUUGCAGUCUCGCAGUGUAGACAAACAGCACGCCGUCAUCAACUACGACCCAAACACAGACGAACAUAAAGUGAAGGACUUGGGCAGCUUAAAUGGGACAUUUGUCAAUGAUGUGAGAAUACAGGAGCAAGUGUAUGUCACGCUGAACACUGAGGACAAGUUGAGGUUCGGAUAUGAUACCAACCUGUUCACUGUUGAUCGAGGAGAACUGCAUAUUCCCGAGGAGGCCCUCAAGCAUGAGAAACUGAGCAGUCAGCUGCAGAUGAUCCAGAAGAAACCUGCCGAGUCAGAACCUUCCAAACCUGAGGUGAGACCUUCUGAGGCAGCAGCUACACAAACGUGUGACGAGGCCAGCGCCAAACCCCCAGAGCCCCACAGGCCAGAGGAUAAAACAACAGGAGAAACAUCGGUCUUGAAAAGAGGUACGCCCCUCUAUGGCCAGCCUGCUUGGUGGGGUGAUGAAGAUGCUGACGAGCAGCAUCCAGGAAGGCCUGAAGAAAAGAACACAGACCGAAAAAGAGAAAAGGCAGAAACAGACAACAAGAAAAGCACAGACAUCUCAAAGUCUGCCCCUCAGACAGCCUCAAACCAAGAGCCGAGUUACUUCAAAACACCAGCUAAAGACUCUCCAUCAGGUAAGGUGACUAGUGAACCCCCCUUACAAGAUCAAGAGCCUGGUGUUCCUGCUGCUGCAGAACCCAUCCAUGGACAUGCAUCAUUCACCAUUGAGUUUGACUCUGGAGCAUCAGGUAAAGUUACUGUGAAAGAUCGAGUAGCAAAAGUAGGACCAGAGACCAGGCCACGUCCUAAAAGAGCCACUGGAGAGGAGCUGAGUCCACUUCAAACAGCUAUGGUGGCAGCGGAGGUAAAAGUUGCAGACUGGCUGGCCCAAAAUGAGCUGCCGCUAACUCUUAAAGAGAUGCCUGCAGAGGAGGAUGGGGAAAGUGUCAAGAGUGACGUUCCUGUGCAGCUGAAGAGUCUUAAAGACAGUAAACAUGAGGACGGCACUCAGAGCGAUUCAGAAAAUGCUCUCGGAGAGCAGCGGAGGGCUGCAGCUCUGGAGGAGCGCUCCUGGGGGCUUUGGAGCGGUGCUGGAAUGAAGAUUAGAGAAGGCCGUGCAAACGUACCAGAGGGUCUGUUUGCAGAAGAGGAGAGUCCUGCCCGUCGUUGCAAGCCUGCUACUUCCAAAGGGGUGAGCAGAUUUGUGGAAAGGCGACGCGGCUCCGUGCCACAUCAACAGAGUGGGCGUGAUGAGAGCUAUCGCCAUGGUGAUGAUUACAUUGACAAGGUGACUUACACUAUUGAGAUGGAGAAUAGAAGCAAUGAAGAAGAGGAGGCUAGGAAACUGAUUGACAAAGUGUUUGGUGUGGAUGAGCAGUGUGUUUCCAAGUUGGGGGGAACUAACCAAAGAGAAAGGCUUUCUUCACAGUGGUCUGGUUCCAGAGACAAAGGAAAGCCUGGACGAUUGGAGACAGAGGUGUUGUCUGAAGAGCUGAUGGUGGGGGGUCCUCGCUGGGUGUCGCAGUGGGCUACUCUGGCUGCCAGUCACAUUAGAACAGACCCUGAGGGUUCGGGAGGUGAAAACCAAACUAUGGUCACAGAGGACAGAGCUGAUACAAGUGAAUCCGGCCACACAGUCUUUGUUGCCUCUUCCACGUACACAGAGCGGAAGAGGAGAACACUACCCCAGCUACCUAGUGAGGAGGUCAUUCUUGGAAGAAGGAGCCCAGGAGCAGGCCUGCGCACAGAUUUGGGGGAGAAACAGGACACAGAGCUACAAGAAAAAGAGAAUCAAGAUGAGAGGAUUUCCAGAGGAAAGCUGGAUCACGGAACUGGAGGGAUUGGCAGUCAUGGAAGCAGCCCCAGUCGCUCCUCGCCGGCUAAAUCACAGGACAGUGGUGGUGGAAGAUCAGGUCAUUCUGGUGUGCUGGCCAAACUUCCCCCUCGUCCAAUGACCAGUGGGGAGAAGAGAAUGGAGGAGGCAAGAAGGAGGAAAAGGGAAGAGGAGAAAGCCAGAGAAAGUAGUGGAAAACCAUUGCUGAGACAGGAGAGUUUUACUGUGGAAAAACCUAGCGCCAACGUGCCUAUAGAGCUUAUACCACGUAUUGAUGGACUCACAUGCAGAACUCAGAGUAAAGAUGCUGGCAUUGACACUGUCACACUGCAGAAAGACUCAGAGGCUGUGGCAGCUUUUCUAGAGACCACCGUAUCAGACCAAGGUGAUCCCCCGAGUCAGUCCAUUGAAGGCUCCGUGUCUCCAGAGUCAGAUGUGGACACAACAAGCACAAUAAGUCAAGCAGACGGAGUGAGGAAAGUAGUCCAGAAGCGUCGGGCACUUGCAGGGCAGCAGAAGGAGAGAACGGUAGUGUGCUCGUCUAAGAAGGGGCCCACUGAGUGCAGAGAUACUCAGGACCGGAGGGUCAAGAAUAGAACAUCUGGUCCUCAGCAGCCUACUCGUCCCUGGACUUCCCUGGACCUCACUGAUGAUGAUGUCAACUCCAGUUCACUCCUUUCAGACUCACAACCCACCUCUGUGCAAGAAACUAGAGGCUCAAACACUAGAGCCCAAGCUGGGAGCGCAAUGGUCGGAGCCAGCGCCAAGUCUAAUCGGAGUAAGAUUUCCCAGACCGCAGCUUCCUCUGCACCCAGUAAAACUGCCAAUGUUCCCAAACCAAGACCCACUCGGACAUCUCUGUUGAGACGAGCCCGGCUGGGGGAUUCAUCAGAUACUGAACCUGCUGAUAUGGACCGGCUGUCAGUGGCCUCUGAGGCCUCUACUGCUAGUUCUACAUCCAGGACAGGGAUAGCAAGAAGGGGGAUGUCCAGGAUAGAGGCUUUAGCGCAACCAAGGAGACCAAGGGUGGCAUCUCCGUCUACUCAAAGUGACUCAGAAGCCACUGUGACAAGGGGCAGAGGUAUGGGGGCUCGAACUGCAGCAGGUGAUUGUGCAGUCAGACAAGGACUGAGAGGAACUAAUGCAGCUUCAUUGUCUGGACCCAGAGCCAGAGCUAACAGCGCCUCCAAGCUGCCUGAUAAAAGUAAAGGAACCGUCUCUUAUGGACAUGCUACACCUGCAUCCAACACACGAUGGCGCCGGGUUCCUGUGGAGUAUGCUUCCACCUCAGAAGACGAGUAUGGCUCAAAUCGCCACGUAUCCAAGCAGGGCCAAGCAAGGCAACCUUUCCCUUCAACACGAGUGGCCCAGUUAGGAGGCUCAGCCCCAGCAUCACCCAACCCUGCCGGCCUGGCUGCCUUCAAGCAGAACUCCAGGGAACAGGAUGAGUAUAUGAGAGAUUGGACAGCGCACAGCGAAGAAAUAGCCAGGAUCAGCCAAGAUCUAGCCAAGGAUUUAGCCAUGCUUGCCAAAGAGAUUCAUGAUGUGGCGGGAGAGAUCGACUCAGUCAGCCCUGCAGCAACUGACCCUGGAGCUUCGCUGACGGAGUCUGCAUUUGAUGAUGGUUUAGAGCUUGGUGGGCCCUCCACAGAGCAGAACAGCAUUCUGGGAGCUAAAGAACAAAGUGUAGAGCUUCGGAAACGAGGCUCUAACAACCAAAGCUCUCGUUCUAUACGUCGACAGACCUGGAAUAGAGAAGAUGCGAUCCUGGAUUGCAUGCUUCUAGCUUCUGUGACUCAGCUCUCAACCAGGAUACGGCAGUCUGUGGAUAAAACAAGCUGCAAAGUCAGGAUCCUCUUCAAGGAUAAAGAGCGAAAAUGGGAGGAGAUUGAGACCAAACUACAGGCCGAGCAUGACUCCUUACUGCUCAAGAGCUCCAACACAGAGAUUUCAACAAUUAUUCAAGACUUGAAGAGGGUGGAAAGGCAACUUGCAGUAAUCGACAUGAUGGUGGACCCAGAUGGUACACUGGAUGCCCUGUCCAACUUGGGCUUGAUGAGUCCCCAAGCUGACCAGAAGAUUGGUCCCGGGACUCAGCAAGGAGCAUCAGUGUUGCAUCCUGGAGCUGACGCAGCAUUGUCUAGCCAACUCUCAGCCCCCAGACCUGAAGGACGAUCUACUGAACCCCGUGGAUCCUCAGAACAGACUAAAGUGGCAGAGCGAGACCCAGGGACCCAGCAGCUCAGUACAUCCUACAAAUGACAAACCAAGGAAAUGCUUCACAAUUUAUUCUUUUUAUGAGACACUGUACAUGGAAGCUCAUGCUUUGACGUUUAGGAUUUCUUUGUUUUUGUUUUUUUAGGGAAGAUAUUAAAAAAGUGAGCCUUUUCGACUGUGUUGUCAAAGUAUAUCCUGUUGGGAUUGUGGACUGUCAAAAAGAAACUGAUUGGAAGACAAAUACACUUCAAGACAACACUACAGUAUCUACUGCUGCCCUGUUGACGUCACAUACAGUAACUCAUGUUUUUGUGUUGCAGCUCAUUGCUAUUAGCCAUCUUCUAAAUGCUAAAUUAGGGGUGCAUCGAUGCUAGGAUUGGAUAUUAAUCUAAUGCCCUGUAUGUAGGCAUACUCGUAAAUGUACCUCGGUACCAACACCACACAUCUCAUUUGAGCAGUCAGGUAGAGGAGAAGCAAUGUCAACCAUGUGAAGUGGUUUUUACCUUUUAUUUUC